AUGAGAGGUUCUUGUGCUACAGAGACAGAGGAAGUCUCGCCGUUGUUGUCGGUGUUGACUGGUUUCACCUUCGACGUUGCUUCACCAGGCGAGCAGCCUUGCGCCUCGCUUACAACCAAGCAAGUCCUGUUGGACCGCCGACUUGAAGCUCCUCGUGGCUGCCCCCCCCCGAUGCCCGAUUGUGUAAGACUAGGGUUUGGUGACGGAGACAAAAUUACGCCGCGCCUGUUUCUGACGGUCGCCCUACAGACGUUGGACGGGCUGAUGAAGGAGAGAGGGUGGUUCCAGCGGCACCACUCACGUACGUUGUUCAGCCUAGAGCAGAUCCAGGUCAAAACCAACGACGUGAAGCCGGAGGUGGUACUGGAUCUCGCUGACGUCGCGAAGUACGAUGACUUCAAGGAGGAGGCCGCUGAUGAGACUGAGCGACUACGCAAGGCUCAAGAGGUAUUCUUGAAGUUGGCCACGGCUGGCCACUUGGAUGAUGCCGGGUCCAGGGAGUGGAGGGUGAUCAAGAAGAUUAUGGAUGCUUUGCAGGCGCCGAUGUCAUACUUGGGCGACUUGCAUAACACACUGCUCAAUGUCUACCGCGGGUACGAGGCUUCUGGCGACUACAAGUCCGGUGUCUGGAAGGGUAUCUGCCGUCCGAUGCUGAAUGUUGGAGGCGAAGUGGAGCAGGUGAUGGUUGCGCCUAGUAGUAAGCCCCUGUGUCCCCGUUGCGACCCCGGACCGCUGGUGAGCCUGCCGGUGCCGGGCAGCGUGACCCACAACGUAAUGACCAACCCCCGUUCGAUCCCCAACGCAAACAUGUUCGUUCCCGCCCACGCUCGCGUCCCGAUUAGCGAGUGGGGUGUGGAGGGCCCGAGUGGUGAGGUCUACACAUUGGACGGUAAGUGGCCGGUGUGGGAUAGUGUGCAGGGUACUUGGGGAGAGGAAGUUAUUCGCGCCUCCAAGAUGCUGACGGCCGAAGCCGAGAAGCAAGGUGUCCAGGUUACGGAAUACCCAUGGACAUUCACCUGGGAUAACACCGACCUCGACAUGAAAUUUAAGUGUGACGCUAGCCAGGAAGAUUGUGGGGAGAAGGUCCGGUCGGUAGUGGACAAGCAAAUCAAGCUCUGGCGCGUUGCUAAUCUGGGCGACCUCGUCAAGUCCUACCGUUUGUCUCCGCAACUCGUCAAAAACCUCGAGAAGCAGGCUGAGCUCCUCGGGGAUCUUGCCCGCAACAGGGACCUGGGCGACCGUGGCUGGUACAUAGGCAGCUACGCACAAGCCUACGUCAUGCUCGAGUUCGACGAACACGGCAAGUCCUCACUGCGCUCACCACCAUCCCCAAUAGCCUGA